GCAGUGUGCGCUUUAACUCCCAAACAGGAGGUUGGUUUGUUACAAAACUCAAGGGAGUUGUCGCUCGCGACGAUUUUACGAUAAAAAUUUUAUCACUUGACUUUGGCCAACGAAAUCAAAAUGUGAUUGAGAUAUUGAUGAUAUUUCGCCUGUAGUGUGGUCAUACUGAGAUCGCGAUUGUACUGAUUUAAUUUUUUUUUUUUUUGGAACACAACAACUUCUUUAAUAUACCUGAAAAUAUACUUCAGAAGCAGCGAUGGGGAGAUACGGGAACGACUAUGAUUGGAGUCUUCGGGCUAUUGCUACGGAGCUGUUCGGAAUUGUUUAAUUCGGCGUUUUCAACUUCUAAGGAACAAUGCUUCCAGUAUGGAGUAUCCUAAUUGUCCUGUUUCUUCGAUGUAGCGGCUUAACUUCAAACAGCUGCGGCUUUAACUCCAUGUGUACGUGUUCUUCGGGACAACACGAUCUUGCCUCGAGGAGUUUGCACACCGUUAGCUGUCUCUCGGUGCCCUUCUACAAAUUUCCAAAUCUCCCCGAGGGAAGUAUCGGGCAGUUAGAAGUGGCGGGCGCCCAUGCCGCCUUUCUCGAGGCGGAAACUUUGGCCGGAUGCCAAGUACAGGCACUUGUUUUGACCAACAAUCGUUUGCAACAUGUGGCAGACCGAGCUUUCAGCUCGUCCUGGAAAAGUCUCACCUCUCUGGAUCUCAGCUAUAAUCAACUUGACAGCGUACCUUUCGUCGCCCUUAAGGAAAUUCGAAGUCUUCAGUGGAUUAAUAUGCACGGCAAUCAAAUAUCAUCAUUAGAGGGAGAAUGGUCUCACAUGAAAAAUACCGUCGCCACGCUGUUUCUUGGAGAAAAUGACGUUACGGAGAUUUCAUCAGAUUCACCGGACCAUGCAUCGGGAAAUUUACACGGUCUUCGCCAGUUUAAAUCUUUGAUUUGGCUCAACUUGGACGGCAACAGAAUAGUUAAAAUCUACAAAUAUUCCCUUCCGCCCGCCUUACAAACUUUCAGUGUGUCACAUAAUUUAAUAGAAACUUUCCCUAUUGAUUUAGUAGCAACUUUACCUCAGUUGCAGUGGCUGUACUUAAGAGGAAAUCACAUUAAAUAUUUGCCGGAGCAUACUUUUCCUAGACGGCUUUGGAUGGAGAAAAUUGAUCUUGGAGAAAACUUUUUAAAAUCGUUACCGAAAAUCCCUUUUAAUAACAGCAUCUGUAUAAGAGAUCUAAAUUUGGCUUCAAACGAUUUUAGAACCGUAACAGCAGAAAGUUUUACAGGUUUAGAAACUAGAAGAAUCAUUCUGUCCCACAACCUCAUCGAAAAUCUUGAUCCUCGCGCUUUUAAUGGUUUAGAAGAAACGUUGGAAUAUUUGGAUUUCGAUCAUAAUAAUUUACAGCAAAUUCCCAAAGCCGUCAGCGAAUUAAAAACUUUGAAAUACUUAUACUUGUCUUCCAAUAGGCUGGUGGAUAUACCAGAAAAUGCUUUUGAUAAUUUUUGUCAUAGUUUAAAAGCGGUUAGUUUGAGCGGUAACCGUUUAAAUAGAAUCCCUUGGAAAGCGUUACAAAAUUGCUCGAAAAUCUCCCAUUUUAAUGUUGCCUUUAACGAUAUCGGCGAAAUAAAUGAAGAUGAUUUUCUAUGGGGCGCGGCAAUAAAAUCUUUAAACAUGGGUAAUAAUCAAAUAGCAAAUCUACAAAGGAAUACCUUCAAAUAUUUACAAGAGCUUAAGGAGUUGAGCUUAAGUUUCAACCCGAUAAGAUUUAUAGAUAAAGAAGCUUUUAACGGAUUAAAAACAUUAGAAAGUUUAGAACUUUCUUUUAGUUUAAAUCCGGACGUAGACGUAGAAAAUAUUUUUGAACCCCUAGGUCAAUUAAGAUGGUUAUCAAUAGAUAACAAUAAUUUACAUUAUAUACCCGAAAACUUGUUAAAUUCUUUGAAACAAUUGAAUUACAUUAAUUUAGAAUCCAACAAAUUACACGCCCUACCGAAAAAUCUAUUCAAAUCGAACAUCGAGUUACGCCAUAUAAGAUUAUCGAAUAACGAAUUGAGAGGCAUCGAAACCGAAACUUUUUCUCUAUUACCGAAUCUCGAAAGUAUCACUUUAUCCGGUAAUAAAAUUAAACAUAUUCAGAGGGAAAGUUUCUCCCGUUUACCCAAUCUAACAAAAAUCAUCCUUUCGGACAAUUUUCUAACUCACAUCAGCCACGAUGCUUUCUCCAAUCUACCUACAGUUACAAAAAUCGAUUUGCAGAAUAAUUUUCUCAAAGAGAUAUCGUUUAAAUUUUUCGUUAAUAUCACAAGUCCGAUUUCGUUGAACGUUACGAAGAAUCGUAUCUCAUUUUGCACAUCCGACGCGAAGAUCUUAAAUAUAGAAACGUUAGACUUGAGUUAUAAUAAUUUAGAAAACGUGCCCAACUGUCUUGAACAUACGGCUUCGUUGAAAAAGUUAAUAUUGGAAUCGAACUCGAUAAGUUCGCUCGAUCAUAACGAUUUUAUGCAUCUGACUUCAUUGGAAACGCUCAAAUUAAACGCCAAUAAUAUAUUGAUAGUUAGUAAAAAAGCUUUUUUCGGUUUACAAAAUUUACAAAUAUUGGAUUUAUCGAAGAAUUUCAUCAGUCAAAUGCAUAAUAGUCAAUUCGUUAAUAUGCCGAAAUUGAGAAUUUUAAAUUUGAAAGAAAACAGAUUGAGUUAUUUACCGAGGGACAUAUUCAGUAAUACGCUACUAGAAAUGUUGGAUUUGGGGUUGAAUUCCUUCACCGUUGUUCCGAGUAUGAGUAUAUCUGACAUCGGUAUGACCUUAAGGUAUCUCUCAAUGCGAUCUAACAAUAUCGAACAUAUAGAUAUAACCACUUUCCCUGAUGUACCCUCGUUACAGUAUCUAGAUUUAAGUAAUAAUAAGUUGACUAUAUUACCGGACAACGUAUUCACCAGUUUGGGUUUAUUGCAAUAUCUCGAUUUGAGUUUUAAUCCUCUCCGGUCUAAUUUUAAGGAAUUGUUUCAUUAUGCGCAAAGUUUGAAAUAUUUGGAUUUGUCCAACAGUUGGAUAAUACAAACUCCGUUCUUUCCUUUACCGAAUCUAGUUCAUUUGAAUUUAUCUCAUAAUUUAAUAGAAAAUAUCGACAAAAAUUCGAUUCAACAACUACUCAAAUUAAAAUCUUUCGAUAUAAGUUUCAAUAAACUGGAAGAAGUGCCGGCAAAUUUGUGGACUUAUUUACCUAACCUUAAAAUAUUAAACUUAUCAAAUAAUCCUAUAAAAGAAAUAACCGUCGAUAGUUUUUCGGGAUUACAGAACCUUCAGGAACUCAUUUUAUUAAAUUUGAAUCAUAUCAAAAAGUUCGAAGGACAAAGUAUUUCCCAAAUAAGGGUAUUAAAUAAAUUGACCAUAGAAACUUGGCCCAAGCUCGAUCAUUUUUCCGAUCAAUUUUGUAAUCUCCUAUCCAAUUUCGAUCAACUGAGAAUCUUGAAAAUUUAUUUUCACGAAUAUAAACUGGACGAUCAACUUUUGUGUAUAACAAAUAGAAAAAUUAGAGAGCUCGAUAUAUCCGGUAAGAAUUUAAAAACUAUCGACAAAGACGCUUUCGCUAAAUUCGUCAGAAAUCCCGAUUUGGUUCUAAAAAUCCACGACACUCUCAUCGAAGAUCUUCCCGCUGGACUUUUCGCAAAUAUGUACAGAAUUUCCUAUUUACGAAUAGAUUUAAGAUUCAACAUGUUAUCCCAAUUAAGUCCAGAUAUCUUUUAUGGGAAUACCAGCGGUUGGAGGAAUAUCGGUACCACUAUGGUUUCAGGUGGUCUCAUUUUAUCGGACAACCCAUUCCGUUGCGGUUGUCAUUUAGCGUGGUUGGGUCAUUGGUACAGACGUUGGAUAAGAGAAAGUGUCCAAUCUCAUAACGCGCCCGUAGAAACUGCCAUUAAAAUGCACCAAAUGGUUAAGGAAGCAACUUGCAUAGACUCGAUAACCAGUAAAAUCGUUCCUAUUAUAUAUUUGCCACCGGAAGAUAUGAGUUGUCACGCUAGUGCUCUAAGCAGAGCAACGAAAGUGAAUAAAACAUUUUUGGUGUUUAUCGUUUUGAUAUUACAUUUUGAUAUGAUCAGGUAGUGUAUGUAUGUUGACGGUAAACAUGUUUUUAUAUCGAAUUGAAUGGUUGAAAGAAUGAAUUUUCGAUUUAAUGAUAGUGAUUCGCGUCGAAAUUAUGAAAUGUUUUUAUUUCACAUCCAAUUUUUUUUAACUCAAAUAUCAUUUAAAUAUUUAAACAUUUUACAAUUUUGAUAUUGAGAAGUGUGCCAAUGAAUCGCUAACGGCCUCAUAUUGAGAUGCUGAUUUUUAAUUUAUAAACAAAAUUCAAUAAUGUUAAAGAAAAUGAAUAUUCGAUAUUAUAACCGCGCUCGAAUUUAUUUUCCUACCCAGUUACCCCUCAAUAUAUAUAUAUAUAUAAAAAGUAGUCCGUAUCUUUUUGAAAAACAGAAAUGGUUCCUAUUUCAACCGGUAGUGUAAAGAAGUUGUAAAUUCCCGAAUUAAAAACGUGUACAAUUCCUUUAGGUAUACCGGCGAACUUGAAUGGACGUUUGUCAUAACUUGUACAUAUUAUUAUAACUUUUUUUCGUUUAAUUGAGUUUAACCUGUAAGCAAUCAAAAUUAUUGAAAACUGAGACAUAUCAAGUUAAUUAUAUCAAUAAAUUAUUAUUAAGUAUUUAUUAAUUAAAUUAAAUUGUUUACGGCUAAUUAUUGAUGUAACUGAGUUUGACGACAUUCAAAAAAUGUUAAUUUUCCAACUAAAGUAGAAGUCCGAUAAUCCGGCACGUUCGGGACCGGCUCAAUUAGGUUAAUAAUUAAACUAAAAAUACAGUAUGCAAAUACAUACAACAAAGUUUAGUUUACAUUCCAUAUAAUGUAUGUACACGUACUGUAAAACAUAUUUCACUUAGAUUUAAAAAAGUCACGAAUGUCUUUUUGUUUUCUUGACUUUUGGCGUUUAGUAUAAAAUUUAUUUCUAAUGAUAUGGAAAUCAAUAAUUUCUGAAGCACUGUAGCUAGUACUAGCAUCAGCAAAAGAGAUAAACUUAUUUAGAGAUUCUGCAGCUCCUGCCCAGCUGAUUUUUUCCUUUUCUUCCGUUUUGGCAUCUGAGUCAUUUUCUUCAAGAUUUUGAGUAAGCUGAGGGUUUACUACAAUGUUGAUAAUGUCCUCAUCGGUUAGUUCUUCUUCAACAGGCUCAUUCUCGUCGAUUAAAAGCCACUCCCUUACCUCAUCUUCAGGCAGGUUUUUCAAGGGAUUGUCAGUACUUUAAACGACAUCCAAAACUUUGGUCAGAGCGUCUUGAUGGUUUUCUUCCUCAUCAGUCUGUAGAGUUAGGUCAGAUGCAGGGUUUGCAGCUGGCGGCCAAAGUUUUCUCCAGCAUUUUUGGAGUGUUUUUUACCUGGUUCCAAGACUGUACAAUAGCAUAGACGGCAUCUUCUACUUUUUUUGAAAAUCAGUCACGUCACAUUCGGCAUUCAACAGGCCUUGAAUAAAAGACCUUCUAUAAAAGCAUUUAAAAUUUUGAAUAACCCCUUGGUCUAUGGGUUGAAUCAAAGAUGUUACGUUAGGUGGGAGCAGAGUGGCAACAAUAUUUCCAGAAACUAACUCAUCUACUAGCGGAUGGGAUUUGCAAUUGUCCAAAAGAAGGAUGGCUUUAGUAUCUUCUGGUAGACCAAGGCCUUUGAAGGAUUCCUUGACCUCAGGCACAAAGUGGUGAAAAAACCAGUCUUUAAAGAGUUCGGCAGUUAUCCACGCAUUUAAUUGAGCAUCGUAUUGGACAGGCAAGUGUGUAACAUUCUUAAAAGCCCUGGGUUUUGCAGAUUUACCUAUCACCAAAGGGGACACUCGGUGGUUUCCAGACGCAUUAGCACAUAGCAAAACGGUUAAUCUGUCUUUGUUUUUAUUUAAAACCCUUGGCUGCUUUUUCUCCUCCCCCAGCUAGUGUAGAUGUUGGUAAACAUCGCCACAAUAGCUCUGUUUAAUCAGCAUUGUAAAUCUGUUCAGGUGUUAAAUCAUUAUCAGCCACGAUUUUCAAACUCGUCUUUGUAUUUUUCUGCAGAGUUUUGGUUUGCUGAAAGGGUUUCUCCAGUUACAUCAAGUCUUCGAAUUUCAUGCCGAAACUUAAAGUUUCUGAGCCAACCAUCAGAAUAAUUACAUUCACUUUCAUCAACUCCUAAAUCUUUCUUUGCCUUUUCAACAAUCAUUGACCCUGUUACCGGCUUUCCUUCAGAACGUACUGCACUAAACCAUUUGAACAAUACACUAUCAAGCUGUUCCAGUUUUGGUUUUUUCAAUGUUUUUCUAGAAGCCAAUUGGGAAGCAAACUUCAUUAGUUUUUUAAUGACAUAAAUAGUUUAUGAGCCAAUAUUGAACUCAUUCAUUAAAACAUUCCUAUUCUCGCCUUUUUCUAGCCGUUUGAUGAUUUCUAGUUUUUGAUUGAGAGUCAGUGUUAAGUGUUUUCGUUUCUCUCCUUUUGAACUCGAAGGCUUAGGUUUUGAAAACAUGGUCACUGUACAGUUAGAACUAAAAUCACUUUUUUUAUAAACAGUUUCAAAAGUUACGUUUACUGCGAUGUGAAAGGACACAAAACAACAA